AUUUUGAAUGUGUUUUCAAACAAAUCAAUGUUUUUGUUAUAUUAUUUGGCAUUUGAUUUAAAAACAACACAAACCGUGAGACCAAUUGUCUGGUGAUGUCUUCGGAGAGCGAGUCCUCGUGUUGUUCGACAUGCAGUUCAUCUGAUUAUGAGAGCUCUCUAUCAGACAUCACUCUCAACGAUGAGGACAUGGAUUACGCCAACCAAUUGACUCAUGAGUUGUUUUAUUUGAAACUCAUUGCCGAAGACAAACACAACCACAAGUUGGCCGACGAAUGUCACCUCAAAGACAAAGACACUCAACAAAAGACUAACCAAUUGAAUGAACGGAUUGGUUUGCAAUACAAUCGGUUCACUUCGUGGGUCUUUCCUAACAAAUCGUCGAAACAAUCGACAGAUAAAAGCCUUAAGAGGAAGAGUAGUCGCAAGAAAGAGGUGACAAAUGUGUCCAAAGAGGCUAUUGUUUCGAAUGACACCAAUUGUGCCGCAAAUCCGGUGAUCAAUGUUUCUGAUUGUGACGACAAUGGCGUCAAUGAAGUGAUAAAAACAAACAAAUUGUUUGAUUUAAUUGAUGGCAAAACGGAAACAAUGGCAUCAAAAGGAGGCAAUCAUUUGGUUUUAAUGUAUUUAAUGCCUCCAAACGACACGCAAACCGAUUGUCUGUUGUAUUCGUAUCCGAAGACUGAAAAUGAAGACUCGAAUCAAGUGUUGGCGAAACUGAAGGGAAUGUUCAUAACGUUGUCUCAAGUGGUCUCUCAGAUAACCAAACAAUCGAUAUGUUUGUCAUCGAUUGCUGUGAAUCAACAAAACGGGGAACAGUUGUAUAGAAUAGGGUUUGUCCACCAAAUGGACAGUCUGUUGGUGUUAGCGCUUCCGUACGACAAAUACACUGACAUCGAAGUCGAAGCCAUGGUUCAGACGAUCGCAAGAGUUAUUAAAUUCAUUUACAGCUCAUUAGACGCCGCUUUCAAAGACCAAUUGAAACACGAAAAUCUGACGAAAUUGUUUUCUACAUUUGAAUACCUUUUGGCCGAAGAAUUCAAAUAUUCAUCAAUUGAUUCAAUAUUUUUAAAUACAAUCAAACGUCUGAUAAUUAACGACAACUUAGCGAUCAAUUUAAGCGAUUCUCUCUCGGAAUUCGAGGCAAUGGAUUGGAUAAGUGAUAACUCGACCAUUGAUUUGCAUCAACAAAACAGUUCCCAAUUGAUUGUAAUCGGUUCCUGUCUUUUGUACAAAGGAUUACUACUGUCCUCUCAAUUGUCGGUCAAUCAUCUGAAAGACAUUUUCGCGUUUUUGAGUCUCAAAGGAUUGCUUUCAUUACACAAAACCAAUUCAAUACGACUCGUCUACUGGAGUGAAGUGUUUCCCAACUUUAAUCCAAACAUUGAAUCCAAUGAUUACAAUGAAAGCGAUUGCGUUAAAUACUUUGUAUCGAUGGUUGGCUUUCAGCAUAUGAUUCACUGCACUCUCAUUGAAAUGCCUUUCAUUAGUGCAGAGGAGACGCCAAUCAAAGCGAAUGAAGUGCUUAUCAAUGAAUCGAUUCGGUUAUUGAAAUGGCAUUUCACUAAAAUGGGAAUCAUUGACGAAAUCGAUCACUGCUUUAAUGUACAACAAAUGGCUGUCAAACACAUGUUUGGCCAAAACAAAGAGCAGAAGCGCUACAAAUCGCUGUCGUCGCUAAAGGAUCUGCUCUUUCAAUCUCCCGGUUCGUCGCAGUCGAGGUCACACAUGUAUCACUCGAAUAGUUCUCUUUCAACAUUAAGCGGUUCCAGUCUUUCGGCGUCAAUAAAGUCCAACUCGAGUCCAUCUCUUCACCAUUCAGUGCUGUCCCGGACCUCAUCGAGUGCUACCAGUCUUUCCAAAGACAUGCAUUCCAUGGCUUGUAAUGAAAAUUGCAUUUAUUUGGAGCAAACAUUCAAAAUGCCAGAGAAUCUCAUUUGUUAUUUGGAUAUAGAAGAUGGACAACAGGUGUUCGCCGGACCACUACUUCAAUGGCCUAAAGAUAUUUGCGAACAAAUAUUCAAAAAAUUUGCCGAUUCUUGUUAUGAAAUGAGUCGACAUUUUAGACAAUCCGUUGAUUUGUGUCACGAAAUCGGAAGAAGUUUUCAAAUCAAGAUUUCGUCCAAUUUUUUAAAUCCAAAUAAAUUGCGAUCAAAGAAAGCCGAGAAUGAAAUCCAUUUGUUUAAUGUUAUCGCAAGACAUGAGAAGAAUAAUGAAUUUUAUGCCUGUUUUAAGACAAAUCCUUCGGAUUCGUUGUUCAAUGACUUCGAUAUCGAAGACUUCAUAUAUAGCCUUCAUUUACAGCGAAGACUUCUCUGA